AUGUCUGUAUUUCUCAGUAACUUAUCAACAAAUGACUCUAGCCUGUGGAAAGAAAAUCAUAAUUCGACAGAUCUUUUAAAUCCGCCAGGAACCGUGAAUAUAUAUCUUUUUUGCCUGACAUGCUUAAUGACUCUCGCAGCCCUGGCAGGCAGCAUUUAUUCACUAGUUUCCCUAAUGAAAACGCGGAACAGAACUGUUGUGUCCAUGCUUGUGGCUUCCUGGUCUGGGGAUGAUCUCAUGAGCGUCUUGUCGGUGACCAUCUUCAUGUUUUUGCAGUGGCCAAAUGAGGUCUCUGACUACUUCCAGUCUCUGUGCACCACCUCUGCCUUACUAUAUUUAUGCCAGGGCCUCUCGAGCAACUUGAAGGCGACUCUCUUAGUCUCCUACAACUUUUACACGAUGCACAGGGCUGUGGGGAGCCAGGCAGCCUCCAGAAGAUCCGGCCAGGUGCUCGGCGUGGCGCUGACGGUGUGGGCAGCCAGUCUGCUGCUCUCCGCGCUUCCUCUGUGCGGCUGGGGCGCCUUUGUACGCACGCCUUGGGGCUGCCUGGCCGACUGCUCCAGCUCCUACGUGCUGCUACUUUUCGCUGUGUACACUUCGGCCUUCGGACUCCUCGCCGGCCUCUCGGUCCCCCUCACUCACCAGUUGCUGUGUUCGGAGGAGCCACCAAGACUCCACGCCAACUACCAGGAAAUUUCCCGCGGAGCUUCCACUCCAGGGACCCCUUCAACGCGGGGGAGAGUGCUUUCCCCGUCCCCAGAUGAUGCUCCGGGCCCGGCCCUGCGGUGCUCGGGAGGAUGCUCCCCGAGCUCGGACACCGUGUUUGGACCGGGUCUGCCCGGGAGGGCAGGGCUGGGGCCGGGGCGCGGUGCUACUGCUGUGGCUGGAGCCUGCAGGCGUGAGGACCGGGGGACUCUUAAUGGCACCAGGAGCUUCACCGUGAGCGUAGCGCAGAAGCGCUUUUCUUUGAUCUUAGCGAUGACAAAAGUCACCCUUUGGCUACCCAUGAUGAUCCACAUGGUGGUCCAGCACGUCGUGGGGUUUCAGAGCCUUCCCUUUGAGACGCUCAGCUUUCUGCUAACCCUCCUGGCCACCGCUGUAACUCCAGUGUUUGUCUUGUCCAAACACUGGACACACUUGCCCUGUGGCUGCAUCAUCAACUGCAAGCAGAACACAUAUGCAGUGACGUCUGAUGGGAAAAAACCCAAGAGGAGAUGCUUUGAAUUCAAUCUAUCAUUUCAACGAAGUUAUGGAAUUUAUAAAAUAGCACAUGAAGAUUACUAUGAUGAUGAUGAAAAUUCAACAUCCUAUCACAAUCCCAUGAACUAUGAGUGCAAAACUACAAAAGACUCUCAGAGAGACUCUCAUAAUGUAUUCAAUGCCAUAAAGGUGGAAAUCAGCACCAUGCCCUCUCUGGACAGCUCCACGCUAAAAGGCAUCAACAAAUGCACAAACACUGAUAUUAUAGAUGCUAAACAGGAUUCCCACAAUGAAAAGGGUGUUGAUCCACUGCUCUCUGAAAAAAAAGAAGGUGAUAUUAAAUAUGAUGAAACCACCCUUUUGGAAGGGCCAGAAAGAAGACUUUCUCAUGAGGAGAGUCAGAAACCAGACCUUUCAGACUGGGAAUGGUGUAGGAGUAAAUCAGAAAGAACCCCUCGUCAGCGUUCCGGUGGUGCCCUGGCCAUUCCCCUGUGUGCAUUCCAGGGGACCGUGUCUCUCCAAGCCCCAACCGGGAAAACCCUAUCUCUUUCUACCUAUGAGGUGAGCACAGAAGGACAAAAAAUUACCCCAGCCUCUAAGAAAAUAGAAGUCUAUCGAUCCAAAAGUGUUGGCCAUGAACCAAACUCAGAAGAUUCUCCCUCCACAUUUGCGGACACCAGCGUGAAAAUACACUUGGAGGUUCUUGAAAUUUGUGAUAAUGAAGAGGCCUUGGACACAGUGUCAAUUAUUAGCAACAUCAGCCAGUCCUCCACACAGAUCCGAUCUCCUUCCCUACGCUACUCACGGAAAGAAAACAGAUUUGUUUCAUGUGAUUUAGGGGAAACAGCCUCAUAUUCUCUCUUUUUACCCACAAGUAAUCCUGAUGGUGAUAUCAACAUCUCCAUUCCAGACACUGUUGAAGCACACAGGCAGAACAGUAAAAGGCAGAGCCAAGAGAGGGAUGGCUACCAGGAGGAAAUCCAGUUGUUAAAUAAAGCUUAUAGGAGAAGAGAAGAAGAAAGCAAGGAUAACUAG